AUGACUUACGCGCCGACAAAUCCACUUGAUGUUCCACCAUACCAACUCCAAUCGCUGAUUUCGAACGUCUUGGACGGUAGCGGACGUGAGUCCUCUACAUAUCAUAAUGAUGUAAGGGUUAAAACUAAUCCCGUCCUCGAGCGGUUAGGACUCCCCGGUCUACCUGUGCAAAUACGCUGUGCUCAAGCCCUAGGAUCGGAGAUAUACGUGGGGUGUUCUAAUGGAGAGCUAAUGCGCUUCGCACUGCAAGCGAAUAACCCAACAACGCCAGAGUCAUAUACCCUCCUUUCACGACAAAGUGUCACGAAUGAUCGACCUAUACAGGAGAUUGUACUUCUUCCGAGUCUUUCUCGAGCUCUGGUACUCGGUGACCACCAGGUUUUCAUCUACACAUUGCCAUCUUUGGAUAUGAUUCCAUCCACUGUGAUUAAGCCAAUACGGAAUGUGGUGACCAUUGCUGUAGAUGAGCAGCAUCUGCGUCGACCGGCCCUCAACGACCCCUCACAGCCCGUAGAACCUGUGGAAUUCUGCGUGAUUAAACGCAAUGCGAUCGCGUUGUAUAGCCUUCGCGAAAAACUUUUCUUCCAGAAGAGCGAUGACGACGCUUCUGAAUUGGCCGGACGCUUCGAGAUAUCCGAUGCUGAUCACACGUACUUCAUCUUGCAGGAAAUUCCACUCCCGACCGGGGGAAGCCUUGCGAGGCGCACGGGUCGUUAUCUAUGUGUGGCCGACAAAGACAACUACAAUACGAUUAACUUGGAGGCCGCGUCCUUCAUCCCACUGAUGCCAGUCUCUCAAGCACCGGAUGGCCCCGCAGUGAAGCCUUCUAUCACGGUCAUCAGUGAAUAUGAGUUCCUUAUCUUGUCGUGGACUGGCGCCAGCACGUUGGGCGUUUUCAUCACAGGCGAAGGUGAGCCUGUGCGCGGCACGCUUGAGUGGUCCAGCCACCCUCAGUCCCAGCCUGUCCUCCUGGGUAAUUUGCAAACUCACAUGGACGACGUCGGCGGCGUCGCUGUUACAGGUCUGGACUACCCGUAUAUCACCGCGCUGCUCCCGAACGGAACGGUAGACAUCCACAAUAUCGAGACGCAGGCGAUCAUGCAAGUGCUCUCUGCGCCGGCCAAUUCUCCGAUGGUGGGCGUGUCUACAGUUGAGGACCGGAAGGGGUUGGUGGCGUGUGCGAGUGGAUUCCUUAUGCCGUCAAGCCAACGCUCAGACAAGCUGCGCCGGACGGCUGUACGUCUGGUUAGGCGAGGAGGCGAGCGGGCGGGAGGGGACACGGGGGAGGGCGAUGUGGCUGUGGCUGUAAUCUAA